AUGGCUGACAUGAAAAUAGUCCUACCUGAGCCCGUGAUAGAAGACGUGGAUGAACCGGAAAAGGAAAGCCAUGUACCCACGAAGAAUUCAUUGACAGAAGACCGAAACAUUAGUGGCAACAAAGCACUGUGGCCUCUCAAAAAGCUUGAUGCUUUCAUUUCGCGAUUAAAUCGAUUGAUGCAUACCCGGGAGAGCCAUGAUGCCCUCAUCUUGUUCCUGGCCUACGCAGCACAUUUCGUGGCAACGGCACUCGAAACACCUUUUCCUGGCAGGCUUAAAAAUUGGCUUCUCAGACUUAACAAAAUUUCACUGAGGAUUGUCCCGUCAAGAGUUUUGUCACUCUUAUCGGCUUUCAGGAUUUCUCUUGUCAAAGGGUCGUUGUCCGCCAGCAAACUUCUCAUCGCGGAACGGGUCAGGGCAUUAUCGAAUAUUCUGGACGACUGGCAAAUCAUCACCAGAUUAUGGGGUUUACUGGCGACAUGGGCGGAUGCAAAAGAAUUCCUUGCCAGUUUGGCAUCCGAAAACCAGAGCAAGGAAAAGAAAAGCAACCCACGGAGGUACCUUGCUCUGACAGCCAUAAAAGCGACAUAUAUCUUUGGACUAUUUGGCUACUAUGGAACGGAGAACCUAGCAUGGUUUACAAGACGCGGCGUCUUCAAAUGGUCAGAGAAGACUGAGUCGAAGCUCAUGGUCUGGUCUCUCAAGUUUUGGGGUGUUUAUGUUAUGUCUGGGAUGGCACAACUGCUAUACGACCGAUAUGAAAACAAACGUACCGGAGAAGAGCUAGAUGAAGAGGCAAGGAAAGAGUGGCGGAGGAAUUUUGUUCACCUUUUUCUUUAUGGCCCACUAACGGUUCAUUGGAUACGAGAGGGGGGGCUGUUUCCGGAGACGAUCGCUUCAUUCUUGGCGGCUUAUACAGAGUUCAUAACGGUCAGGGGGCUAUGGAAAGAAACAGCAGAGGUUUGA